ACGAUCCGACCACUAGCACACAGCACGCUGCCGCGUUGUGCGAUGAGCACAGGAUACCGGAGCAGCAAGGGCGUUCUCAUCACCUGCGAUGUGCCCACGAAGCAGUUCAUUAUGAGCCUGGACGCACGGCUGGCGUGCGUGGUGUCGGAUCUGGACGCCACACAUGUCUUCGUCAAGAAAGACAGCGUCAAAGAGAUACAGCGCGAGCUGGAGCAGCUACACGAGAAAAACGUUUACGUGCGGCCUCGAACAUAGCAACAACGGCGGUGCACAGCAGUGCGCAACAGCGUCGGAAGACGGCACCGGCACAAUGGCUACAGGACCGUUGUGCUCUCCACGCGGACGUUUCAUUUCGCAUGGCAAAUUGCAGGGAAACUGGCGAAGAGAGGGGCGGUUUUGAUUUUUUUUUUGUGGGAGCAACCAGUGUUCAAGAGACGGUAGAAAUCGUGCAGCUUUAUUGAGAGGGAGGUUCGCGAUAUCUACUGUGAUUGCACCGUCUGGGUGAUCGCCAGUAGUAUUAUCACACGCUUCAUUGAUGGUACAUGGCCUUCUCGUACAGCGACAAGGGUGUCUCAAUCCUCCACAACACGGAUCUCCACACCACAUUCAUGGUCACGAUGGGUGUGAGAUGCUGCAUGCGCUUGGUCAUGGUCCUUUUGAUUGUACGCUAAACCAAUGUCAUUCUUCGACGAGGUAGCACCACGUUAACACGGCACGGCGAUUGCAAACUCGUCAAACUGAUGCAUAGCUUGUCCAGCGACACACUAAUAGCAAAAGCCUCCGUCUAACAAUGGUUGAAAGGGAAGUCAAGACCCCAGGUGCUCUUCAAGCAUGACUACGGUGGGAGGUGAACAAUCCUUGCACCGCACCAAGCACGUGAUACGCGCCAACACACGGACGACGAGUCGUGGGCGCACACAAGAAUACAUGGCCUUGACUAACCACUGCGCCCUGGCAACAAUUCACCCGUAUGCAGCGUCGUGCCUAGUUUAUUUAUAUCCACACGAGCUUUUGUCAUUUCUACUGCAACAUGCCGAA